UUGCUCUUUGUCAUAAAGACGAAGAUUUUCCAGACUUCAUUAGCUACCACUGCAUAAUUCACCAACAAGUACUGGCUAGUAAGAGAUUAAAUACGAAACAUGUGAUGGAUAUUUCUUUUAAAAUUGUAAAUUCAAUUAAGGGAAAAUCCCUCCAAAGGCGGCUCUUUAAACAGCAAUUACAUGAGAAGGAACCAGAAUUGGUAUUGCACACUGACGUAAGGUGGUUGAGUCGAAGCAAGUUUUUGCAAAGGUUUCGAGAUCUAUUGGACGAAAUAAUCAAAUUUCUUGAUGAAAGGGGUGAUGAUUAUCGGCAACUGCGUGAUUUAGACUGGCAAUGUGACUUAGCUUUUUUGGCAGAUUUUACUGGAAAAUUGAGUACAUUAAAUCUUAAUUUACAAGGCAAGAACAAAACAUUAACAGAAAUGAUGAGUUCUAUUGCAGCAUUUCAAAGUCAAGCAGUGUCUAUGAUAGUUGACAUAGAGAAGAAAAGAUUUGAACAAUUUGUAAACAUUAAGGAUCAUAUGGAAAAACAUCCUACCUACAAUUUCAUUUCUGAAAAGUACACGACAGAAAUUAGGGCAGUGGUAGCAGACUUCGAAAUUCGCUUUAGUGAUUUCAGAAAAAUAGAGAAAUACAUUUCAAAUGGAGCACAAGAUGUUACAAAACGAAAUUAUUACUCUGCGCUGCGACAUAGUUUUAAAAGCAAGGUCAACCUCAGGUCUAGAUUUCUGGGCGUUGGUUUCCAACGAAAAAUAUCCAAAUUUGAAGAAAUGUGUUGAACAACUUCAUUCGUGUUUUGGUUCAACAUAUUUAUGUGAGUCAGCAUUUUCCUACUUAAAACAAACUAAAAAUAAACAUCGUUCACGCUUGACAGACGCUCAUACACUAGAUUCCUUAAGGUUGGCUAUUUCCAACUACAAACCCGAUUAUGCUAAACUAGUGGAAGAUACUCAGUCGCAAUGCUCACACUAAUAUAUAGAUUUAUUUUAUCUCAUUUAAGUUUUCUCUCUUAAUAGAAUAAAAAAUACUACAUGUUUGUGUAUUGAA